AGGAGGCAGGGAGCCAGCCCCUGGGCGCGGCCUGCAGGGGGCAGGCAAUCCAGCCGGCAAGCGGGGGCAGGACAAGGCCGGCGGAGUCCGUGCCGGCUCCGCAGCUAUCCGCAGCCGCAGGGAGUCCUUGCCGCGCCUCCGCCGGCUGCACCCGCUUUGGCCCGCGGACUCCGUGUUGCGCUCCACCGCUGACAUGUGUGCCGCCCAGAUGCCGCCCCUGGCGCACAUCUUCCGAGGGACAUUCGUCCACUCCACCUGGACCUGCCCCAUGGAGGUGCUGCGGGAUCACCUCCUCGGUGUGAGCGACAGCGGCAAAGUGAAGGAAGCCAUGCCCUGGGAUGAACCAUGUGGGAAGAGGGGGAGGUCACUGGACCUCUGGUAUGCAGUCUCACUGCUUAUGCCACUGACCCACUGUGACACAAAGAUGCAGCUGAUAGUGUUUCUGGAAGAAGCAUCCCAACAAGAAAAGCUGGCCAGAGAAUGGCGCUUCAAGCCGUGCGAAAUACGAGAACUGAGCCACCAUGAGUUCUUCAUGCCUGGGCUGGUUGAUACACACAUUCAUGCCCCUCAGUACUCUUUUGCUGGGAGUAAUGUAGACCUGCCACUUUUGGAGUGGCUGACCAAGUACACGUUUCCUACAGAACACAAAUUCCAGAGCAUCGACUUUGCAGAAGAAGUGUACACCAGAGUUGUCAGGAGAACACUAAAGAACGGCACAACCACAGCUUGUUACUUUGGAACAAUUCACACUGAUGCAUCGCUGCUCCUUGCGGAAAUUACAGAUAAAUUUGGGCAGCGGGCAUUUGUGGGCAAAGUCUGCAUGGAUUUGAAUGACACUGUUCCAGAAUACAAGGAAACUACUGAGGAAUCAGUCAAGGAAACAGAGAGAUUUGUGUCAGAAAUGCUCCAAAGGAAUUAUUCUAGGGUGCAGCCCAUAGUGACACCACGCUUUCCCCUUUCAUGCUCUGAGAGUUUAUUGGGUGAACUUGGAAACAUUGCGAAGACCCGUGAUUUGCACAUUCAGAGCCAUAUAAGUGAAAAUCGUGAUGAAAUUAAAGCUGUCAAAAACUUAUACCCCAGUUAUAAAAACUACACAGAUGUGUUUGAUAAAAACAAUCUGCUGACAAAUAAGACAGUGAUGGCGCAUGGCUGCUACCUUUCUGAAGAAGAACUGGAUGUAUUCAGGGAACGAGGAGCAUCCAUCUCGCAUUGUCCCAAUUCCAACUUGUCGCUGAGCAGCGGCCUUCUCAAUGUGCUCGAGGUCCUGAAACAUGAGGUGAAGAUAGGGCUGGGCACAGAUGUGGCUGGUGGUUAUUCAUCGUCCAUGCUUGAUGCAAUCAGAAGAGCAGUGAUGGUUUCCAAUACCCUUUCAAUUAAUAAGAUAAAUGCAAAAAGCCUCACCCUCAAAGAGGUCUUCAGACUAGCUACUCUUGGAGGAAGCCAAGCCCUGGGGCUGGAUAAAGAGAUUGGAAACUUUGAAGUGGGCAAGGAAUUUGAUGCCCUUCUGAUCAACCCCAAAGCAUCUGACUCUCCCAUUGACCUGUUUUAUGGGGAUUUCGUUGGUGAUAUUUCUGAGGCUGUUAUCCAGAAGUUCCUCUAUCUAGGGGAUGACCGAAAUAUUGAGGAGGUUUAUGUGGGCGGAAAGCAGGUGGUUCCCUUUUCAAGCUCAGUGUAAGACCCCUGCUUCUGCGAGUUCUCUUGGGAUAACGCGGUUCUGCGUCUCCCUUGUGCCCAGGCGGAGUCGGACGUAGUACCUUUUCUUGGGAUGACUAUCUCCUUCUGUGUCUAGUUACAGUACUCACUUGACAAAUCGUUGGAAGGAAGCUGUGCUAAUUCUCACCUCUCUGGUUGGGAGGAUUAAAAUUUUUUCCUUUUUGAGCUGUUCAGAUUUACUUUAAAGCUCAAACAUAAGGGAAUGUUAUUACUGGUGGUGUUCUGAUUAUGAGAUUUAAAUAAAUCUAUUUCACAUUUGGAAAUGUGGAGAGAAAAGAUAUUCCUAUAAGGCUAGAUAUUUUGAGCUAAUAAAUGUGAAAAUUAGAAAACAGAAAAUGAACCAGUGAGUAUAUUUUUAUGAGAGAAAAAGACUAUGAACAAAUGUUGGAAAAUCACUUCAGAUUGUGUUUGAAAAUUAUAUACUGAGCAUACUAAUUUAAAAAGAGGACUUGUUGAACUUUAAAAUGUGCUUCUAGAUUGACCUUGUGUUCCAGAAAUUUGCAUUUAACGGAAUUUGCAUUUCAGAGACAUGUUAUUGUUGUGCUUUGCCUUCUUUGGGGAUGAAAUGUCAGAAAUUGAAUGCCACAUGCUUUCUAAUAUAGUUCUGUGCUUCAAAGUGUUUGACAGAAGUUGGAUAUUAAAGAUUUAAAGUCUCUUAGGAAUAUUAUUCACAUAACUACGUGCCAUAAAUAGCUGUACUUCUCUGUACUUUAAAAUCACCUUAAUGUAUAACCGUGUGAUGCUAUUAUUGCUUCAGUUUUGUUAGAAGAGAAACAAAUUCCAUACUCCACUCUUGUGUAGACCGGAGCCUUCAUAAAUUGGGGCAAAUCCUAGGCAUCCAGGAGCUGUCACUACUAAAAGGAAGGGUGUCACUGCAAUGACAUAUUCUCCCCAAGAACUAUGCCAUAGUUGCUGGAAAUUUCAUACACAGAUAUCAAUCUGUCAAUACUUUAAAAUGAAGGACAAAUCCUAUCAGACAAAUAUUAUUAAAAAUCUUUAAACGUUGCACUGUACAUUGUACAUUGCAUAUUGAAAGCACUCUAUUUUUCAAUUUUUCCCUUUUGUCUCUUUAAUCCUUAAUAAUUUUCAGGACAUUAGAAUUUUAGGAUAAUGAAAAAUACAUAGAUGUCCCACUAAUGUUUAUAUUAAUAGGACUUAAUCUGUAGUAGACAUCUGGGAACAGUAAACAAAGCAAAGAGUGUUUUUAUGCUUCCUGACUAGUAUAAUAUGCUUUCCCAUAACCUGGAAUUAAAGACAGAUUAUGACUUCAUGAUAAAUCCUUAAAAAGUACUGAUGUGAAUGUUAUUUAAGUACUAAUUUAAUUCCAAGUACUAUAAACCAACAAGGAAAAGGAGUAGAUUUUCUUAAUGUAACACUCACACCUAGGGUUUAGGUUAGGGCGUAGUGCGACUCCUACUAUCUCCUCACAGUAGAGAACUGCAUGUAAUGCAGCUAACUCCCUAGCUACAGAACUCAGAACAAAACUCCCUCCUGGGUACUACAGAUUUUAUUCUCACAUAGUCAUGCUAAUUCAGCAGUAAUUUGCGAGUCCCUGGUGUCCUCCCGGGGAAGCACUUUUAGAUUUGUGUAUACACUACACUUAAAGAUGGAACAAAUUUGGGGUCUUAAAAAAAAACCAACAACUGAGUUUGUGUGGGGGGUAUUAAUUAAGUAACUCAACUUAAGUAAACCCAGUCUCCAGUCUGUUUCCAGAAUUCCUAAUUCCUCAGCCGUGUCUAAGAUGUCCCGCUGAAUCUCUCUCCAUUUCUUUAUAGUGUCGGCAAGUGUUUUCUGCUCUAUCUCCCAGUCCCUGACAAGGGAAAUUUGUUACCUGGAGUCUAACCCACACGAGUGGGCCUAGGAACCUGGCUGACAUGUGCAAGAUCCACUAAUAGGCAGCAGCUAUUCCAGGCCUUUGCAAGAUCCUAUGCUUUUCCCUUCCUGAAGGGUGUACAUUUUGAUACAUCAGUUUUCAUUUAGAUUUAGGACUCAAAUGCAGUCAGCAUAAAUAAGUGUAGCAUCAGAAGCUAUGGAAGAAUGGCCAUAUACAACUAAUCUGUCGAAUGUUAACUUUAGUCCUGAUAGUAUGUUAAAACCUGAAAUCUCUCUUCUAGUAAAAACAGAAUGUGUUGAAAUGUUUACAUGUACUUUUAUCUCCCUGAAUCGCUUAUAACUUAGGUGUUUUAUUUCCCCAAGUGCAGUGUUGCUGAAUGUUGCAUGUGCUUUUUGUGGUACUGCAGGCUCUAGCCAUACACGUGCCCAGAUGUUCUGCACUUGAAGUGUUGCCUUUGCUUCAUGUAAAUUGACUUUCUGAAUUGCAGAGAGGCAGUAUUCCAAGCCAAUCCUAUUUGUCACUUUAUGUUUGAAUAUUUUGCUUUCUGACAGGAAAGGAAGAAUUAAAACUUUUUCUCAGCCCCCUCACCCUACCCUGCACUAUUUGCCUCAGGUUUCAUGAUACUUUUAAUGGAAUACAAUUUAACAGGUAAAAACAUAUUCAAUAAUAUGGACUCUCAUGCAUUUAAAAAUACUUUUGCAACCAGAACACAAAAGCAGGCUAAUCAGCUAAGGCGAAUUUAACUUUCAAAAGAAAAUGAAAUACAGGAUUAGGACAGGAGAGGCUGUCCAGGUAACUGUAAGCUGAGACUGAGGAACCUCUGUCCCUUAUUUAUGCUCCCAGCUUCUUCUGAUUUAAUUGUAAAAGGUUUUAGAAUCCAAGGGAGUAUCUCGAAGUAAGCUCCCUUCUUGCCAGGAGGUCUUUCUAAAUUGACAUUGUGAGUGCUGAGCCCCACCGUAUCUCUUUUUCAUUUCUGUGAGAAUUCUGUACCGUCAGGGAAGAAAGGCAGUGGGGAAGCACCUCUGUUAUGCUUAGCUGAUGUGAAGUAUGCCCUUGAAUAGCCCUGUUGGCAGCUACGGGGGAGAUCUCAGAAGGGAAACAUAAUGGCUGUGAGAUCCAACAAUGUACUUUGGAUCUUCACUCCCUUCCAGACUCUUCUUAUUCCUAAUCUUUCAUCCCAGAAUCAGACGUAAGGAAAGCUUUAAAGGCAAGCUGGGAAGCACAUUUUAUCAGUCCUACCUUGUGCUAUACACGAAAGAUGUCCCAAAUUGGAUGCUUUUGUAACCUAGUGGGCAGAGAUGAUGCUGCCAAAAACAUUCACGUGUUUAAAAAGUGUUCUGAGUUAUUAUGAGGUGGACUAAAAAAUGUGUUAUGGACAAUGUCUUGAAGUAAUUUUCAAAUUUGUGAAUUGCUGUGAAAUUUUAAGGUGUUUCUUUUACUUUGCAACCCCAGGUCUGCUUAGCCAACUUUAGGUAUGACUUUGGACCCUGAUUUUUUUUUAAUGUCUCUAAAGGAAAAGCAUGGGAAGAAGUGCACCAGUGCGUGGACACUUGCUGGAAGCCCUGGCAUUGGGCACAUGCAUGUUUUCAUGCCCAGCCACCAUUCCCUUCCCCUCCAACAGCCCUGAGUUUGAGAAACUAAGAGGUGAGGGGUUAGUUUGUACAUCUGGUCCAAAUUUAGUGAAAUGCAAAAGUUGAACAGGCCAUUGAUGUAAAUUCCAAGAUGGUUUCCACAGUCUGAGGUUCAAGUGACUUGAGUAGCAGGUGUUAUGUGGUGUUGACUUACCUGUUCACCUCCUGCUCAGAGGCCUGUCAGAAAGCUUUCUUUAUCCAAAACCACCUUACAUUGUGUUAAAACUUCUAUUUGCUGCUCUUAAGAAUAUAUCUAUGUACGUAUUCAUGGGGACAUCUUUCCUCAGUAUUUGUAUGAUUUGCUUAUUGUUCUGUGCUGAGUGAGCUCCUCUGUGAUUCAGACAAAAAUAAAUGAGAUUUUUGUGUUUACAUUUUUUGUUGUUGUGAGUUCUGUCAGUCUGAUAGAAGGGGGAUUAAUCUUAUAGUGUUUUUCUCCUUUUAACAUGAAUUUAAAAAG